AGUGCGUGAAAAAAACCAGUGAGAAACUGUGAAGAAAAACAGAGAGUGAGGUUGAGAGCAAGUCUCCCCUUGUGAUACUAGAGAUUUGAGAGAUUUGGAUUUUGAUCCAAAGGUUGUAAUCCAUUUUUCAGUAGUGGAUUGAUUUACAUUUGGGCAUUGGACCUUUAAAAUUACAACAACUGGUUUCAAAGCAAGGUUUGCAUACAAGGUGUUUGUGAAAAUUCCCAAGUGAGAUUUGGCUGAUUCUUAAGUCCAUCAACUAUGGCAAAUGAAAAGGAUGGUUUAACCAUGAUUAAGUUGAACACUUCUAACUACUCUUUGUGGAAGACCUUGAUGGAGGACAAAUUGUUUUGUAAAGACCUCUAUGACCCAAUUGAGCACAAAGGUAUUAAACCUGCAGAAAUUAAUGACGCUGAUUGGAAAAAGAUUGAUCGUAAAGCUUGCGGUGUAAUCCGUAAAUGGGUUGACAUGAGUAUGAUUCAUCAUGUGGCUCAAGAGAAGGAGUCUUAUAAAUUGUGGACUAAGCUUGAAGAGCUGUUUGAAAGAAAGAAUGCCUUGAAGAAAGCAUCACUUAUUAGAAAGCUAGUCAAUCUCAAGUACAAGGAGGGCAAGAAUGUGUUUGAGCACUUGAAUAGUUUCCAAGAAAUUUUGAAUGAACUAGUUACAAUGAAACUGGCCAUUGAUGAUGAGGUACAAGCAUUGAUUUUAUUGAGCUCUCUUCCGGAUAGUUGGGAGACUUUGGCAGUAACUUUAAGCAACUCAACAAGAGAUGGGGAGAUGACUUUGCAACUAGUUAAGGACAACAUCUUGAGUGAGGAAUCCAAAAGAAAAGAGCAAGGAAUUAUGAGUUCUGAGUCUGAAGCACUGGUCACUAAGUAUAGAGGGAGGAGUAAGCAAAGGUACAUUCGAAAAGACAACAACAGACAGUCUCAAGAGAGGUACAGCGAAGGGAAGUCCAGAGGCAGAUCAAAAUCUAGGAGUAGAGUGACUUGUUACACUUGUGGAAAGCAAGGUCAUUAUCAAAAGGAUUGUUGGCACAACAAAGAUAAAAAUGUUAAGAAGAGGGCUAAUACUCAUGAAGAGAAAAAAGGCCAAGGAGAACACUACCAGAAUCACUUCUGAUGAUGAAGUAUACCUGUUGUGUGAGAAUGAUAGCAUUGGUGUUACUAAUCAUGAUUCUACAUGGGUUGUUGAUACUACUGCUUCUUAUCAUGUCACACCAAGUAGAGAUUGGUUUAAUUCUUACAAAGAAGGUGAUUUUGGUUAUUUGAAGAUGGGAAACAGAUCUGAAGCCAAGAUUGUGGGUGUUGGUGAUGUUUGACUUGAAACAAACAUUGGGUCCAAGCUGUUCUUGAAAAAUGUGAGACAUAUUCCUGAAAUACGUCUUAAUUUGAUGUCUAAGUAUCAGAUAUCACAACGCAAUGUGCAAGAGUAGAUGUGUUUUACCGUUUGUUACUAUUAUUUUUAUCGGUUGACAGCCAUCUGAAACUUGUGUUCUACCAUUCAAUAGAAAUAUUUGUUUGUUGACUCAUUUUAACAGGCCAAAUAGAUGAAAGAAGAUCAAAUCAUUUUGAAAUGGAGCCACAACAGACUAAUGGGCCCUGAACCUGAACUUCUUUACUCGGUGAGUACAAGUCAUCCAUCUCAGCAUUUUCUAACAAUCCAUGGUGAGUGAUAUGUCUCCUCCAUGUAUGCAACUAUGCAAGUAUUUCUCAUAAACCAUGCAAGUGCGAUCAAUGGAAAUGGUUUCAUAAAUAUAAAUUUUACUUUUCU